UUUUUUUUUUUUUUUUUUUUUUUCCAAGAAAUAGGCAUACCCAUUUUUACAGGGGCAAAGAGGAUUAUUAUAUAGCACUGUCAAAGCUUCUUCGCUUUCUUUCAUUUCAACCUCAUCCUCGAAAUCUCAGAAAAAAGAAAAAACGAAAAACUCUCUUCUAUCCUUUUUUAGGGUUCUUUCUUGUGUCACCUUCCAAACAAGAACGACGGACGAGCAGUUGCAGGUACAGUUAAAGCAGAACAGGUACCCUACAAAAGAACUACAAAUCUUUCAUUAAGAUCUUGAUAAAGACGGAAGGAAAAACCCUAAUUUACAUGGAUUUAGCUUCGUCUUCAACGAAUCCAAAUUUUUCAAGCCCGAUAAUGGGUGGUCAGAUCACCACCACCACUGCCACGACAAAUUCCACCGGCUCCGCCACAGCAACAACCACCACAUCGCCAUCUUCAACUCCAAGUCGUUAUGAAAACCAGAAACGCAGAGACUGGAACACUUUUUGCCAGUACUUAAGGAAUCAUAGGCCUCCUCUUUCACUUCCUGUGUGUAGUGGCGCUCAUGUUCUUGAAUUUCUUCGAUAUCUUGAUCAAUUUGGUAAAACUAAAGUUCAUAAUCAAACUUGUCCAUUUUUUGGUCUUCCCAAUCCACCAGCACCUUGUCCUUGCCCUCUCCGGCAAGCAUGGGGGAGCCUCGACGCUCUCAUCGGACGGCUCAGAGCUGCCUAUGAAGAACAUGGAGGGAGACCUGAAGGAAACCCAUUUGGUGCAAGAGCUGUAAGGAUUUAUCUAAGAGAAGUUAGGGAUUUUCAAGCUAAAGCAAGAGGUGUUAGUUAUGAGAAGAAGCGAAAAAGGCCUAAACCCAAACCCACCUCAACAGCACCACCGCCAGCACCGCCGCAUGAUUCAAGUGCAGGCUAAUGGAAGAAUCAUAUAUGGGUAUUUUUUUUUUUCUUCGGCUGCUCUCUUUUUAAGUUAUUAUUUAUAUUUCAUAAAGAAAAUGGUUAUAUAAUGAACUUUGCUUUGCUUUGCUUUCUAAGAACAUAUGUUUGGAUUUGUGGGUACCAUUGGAACUGCUCUUUAAGGGACAGUGCCUUCCAAUGAGGUUGGCUAGUAACCAAGUUACUAAGUAAUAAGUAUUGGUAGUAAUAGUAGUACAUCAUGAUAGUAGAUUUAUAUAUUAGUAGAUGCUAAAUUAAAUGGA